GAUGUCAGUGACGAUUAUAAAUUUUAACAAUACUUAUAUAUUCGAAGCUUAUACAAAGUAUUAAACAUAAAAAUUUAUUACAGUCCAGUGACUGCAAAAUUAGUUGAUUUGUAAAAAAAAAUCAGAGACAAUUACUUUCCCAAAGUCAGUAUUAUUUAUAGUCUGCAAUGAAUUUUGCGAACGAUUCUGCUACUAUGGCAUGCGAGCCGUCCUCAUCCUAUAUCUCAGGAAUAUACUCCUGUUUUCUGACGCAAAAUCGUUAGUAACGUACCACACGUUCUCCAUGUCUGCAUAUUUUUUCCCUAUAGUUGGUGCCAUAAUCUCAGACAGUUUUUUAGGAAAAUUUAAUACAAUCUUUUAUGUUUCGAUGAUAUAUGCUAGUGGAUGUAUUCUACUUGCACUAUCAGCUACUGAUCCCAUAGGGUUACCUAAAGCUGAAUUCUCAAUAUUGGGCCUAAUGCUCAUAGCCAUAGGCACCGGUGGUAUUAAACCAUGCGUCUCAGCGUUUGGAGGAGACCAAUUUCGCCUACCCCAACAGGCGAAGGAAGUAGAGAGGUUUUUUUCAUUAUUUUACUUUUCUAUCAAUGCUGGAAGUUUAUUAUCAACUAUUAUUACUCCCAUUUUAAGAAAUGAUGUACACUGCUUCGGUAAUGAGAAUUGUUUUCCUUUGGCUUUUGCAGUUCCCGGAUUUCUGAUGAUAAUUGCUAUAGUCAUCUUCGUUGCAGGACGACCAACGUAUAAAAUCAAAAAACCAGAAGGCAACGUUAUAGUACAAGUUACAAAAUGUAUUGUGUGUGGAAUAAAGAAUAAGAUAAAGUCAAACGAGAAAAAGGAACAUUGGCUUGAUUACGCAAAAGAAAAACACGGAGAAAACCUAAUAAAAGAUAUUAAGGUAGCACUCCAUGUUUUAGUUCUCUUUCUUCCGCUGCCGAUUUUCUGGGCUCUCUACGAUCAGCAAGGAUCAGGAUGGACUUUGAUGGCAGUGAGAAUGGAUGGAAACAUUGGAUUCUACACAAUUUUACCAGAUCAUAUGCAACUCGUCAAUCCAUUGCUGAUUUUGGCUUUUAUUCCAUUGUUUUCCUACGGCAUUUAUCCACUUUUAGCAAAAUGUAACUUACUGAAGACUUCUCUUCAGCGAAUGACUUGUGGAGGACUUUUAACGGCUGUCGCUUUUGCUGUUUCUGCAGUUGUCAUGAUUGCUAUUGAAAAAAAUGAUCCAGUAUUGCCAUCAGCUGGUAACAUACAAUUAAGGGCGCAUAAUCCGUCAAACUGUAUUACAUCUGUUAGCACCGAUAUGUCAGAAAUAAAGCCAUUUACAUUAGAACCAAAAUCUUCAUAUGUGAAUCAAGAUAUUGAAUGGAGUGGAGAAAAAUCUAUAACAUUUACAUUCAAGGCUAUUACUAAAGACUGUCCAGAUGGUGUCCAAAAAAUUUCUCUAUCUGAAAAGAAGGCCUAUGGUAUUUUUAUUCAAGCAAAUGGGACGAUUCGCCUUUAUGAAGAUGAUGUUGCUAAAACCAGAACUGGUUUUCCUGUAGUGAGAACUAUACCUUAUACUGAUAUAGAUGUUACGUACACACAGAAAACGAAAUCAAUUAAUAUAAAUUCAGGAAAUAUAUCUGCAAGAGAAUUUUUUAGACCUGGUCAUUGGUCAGUAGAGGUAGGAGGGAAACAAUUAAACAAAACUAUAUACUUGCAACUUGGUGGAAUAUAUGCUGUACUGCUUGAUAAGGAACAAAUGGACUUUAGUUAUACGAUAGUGACACAACCGAAUGCAAUCCAUAUAGCUUGGUUACUUCUUCAAUAUUUUAUUAUAACUGCUGCAGAAAUUAUGUUUGUCAUCACAGGAUUAGAGUUUUCGUACUCUCAAGCUCCGGUCUCAAUGAAGGCUUUACUGCAAGCUUGCUUUUUAUUGACCACUGCAUUUGGAAACUUAAUUAUUGUUAUUAUAUCUUCCAUGGAGUUUUUCGAGAAAAAGAGUCACGACUUUUUCCUAUAUUGUGGACUUAUGGUGGUCGAUAUGUUAAUCUUUACAUUUCUGGCAAUGAGGUACAAGUAUGUCAAGAAGGAAGAAUCGCCGCCAAGCUCAGAAAACUAAUGAAAUUAAUGAAAUUCGAGCAACAUUAAAAAAUCAGUUUAUUGUUUCUAGUAUCUCGCUGAAUUUUUCUUGUUGUUAUUCAUUUUGUGUAUAAACAUUUGACUUUAAAAUAUAGACCUUAAAAUUUUUAUUCCCCAGUGUUGAAAGAACCAGAGAAAUGUAAAUAUUUUGGCUAGCAUUAUUUAUUUCAGAACUAUUAAAUCUUAAAUUAACUUUAAUGUAAAUAAAUGAGAGUUUAC